CACUUUACUUGAAUAAUAUUGUAGGCACUCCCACCUUCUUGGAUUCACAUGCAUCACUCCAAUUUCCACACCUACGCGCAUUCAUUUGGAAAAUUGCAUCUGUUUUUAUCCUCCUCCAUGCUCAUAUAUAGUUAUUCAUUCUAGUUUCUUUCUGGCAUAUUGAGCGAUCAGUUUUCUGAUUUUCAACACUACAUCCACACACACAUAUAUAUAUCAUCUUUCUCGUACAUCGUCAUGUCGUCAUUACCUUCAACUUCUUCCUCCAUUUCUAGAAAGAAAUAUGAUGUUUUCUUGAGUUUUAGAGGUGAAGAUACCCGCAACAACUUUACCGAUCAUCUCUAUGAUGCUCUAAGUAGGAGUGGGAUCGUUACUUUCAGGGAUGAUCCAAAGCUGGAGGCCGGUGAAGAGAUCGCGCCAGAACUCUUUAAAGCAAUUCAGGAAUCAUGGUGCUCGAUAAUCGUUUUUUCACAAACUUAUGCCUUUUCAAGUUGGUGCUUGGAGGAGCUUGCUGAGAUUGUUAAACGACAUAACAACGACGGCCAUAAAGUGUUUCCAAUUUUUUAUGAUGUUGAUCCAUCUGAUUUAAGAAAACAAAAAGAGAAAGUGGAAGAAGCCUUUGCCAGACAUGAAGAGAGAUACAAAGAAGAUAGUGAGAAGAUCCAAAGGUGGCGAAAUGCUUUAAUUCAAGUGGCUGGAAUAAAGGGAUGGCAUUUAAAUAACGGUGUACGCUUGGAGGAUUUAUAUUUGAAAAUAAACAUUGGGGAAGAUGAUGUUCGCAUUAUAGGAAUUUGUGGAAUGGGUGGUAUCAGUAAAACGACACUCGCAAGAGCUACUUACACUCAAAUGUCACCUUAUUUUGAAGGUAAAAGCUUUCUUACUGAUAUUCGAGAAGUUUCAGAAAAAUGUGGACUAGUUUCUUUACAGAAACAACUUCUUUCACAGAUCUUCCUUGAUGAAUGCUUCAAUUUUUUCGAUGUUCAUGAAGGAAAUGUCAUAAUUACCCAUAGGUUGUCUCACAAAAAGGUUCUUAUUGUUCUUGAUAAUGUUGAUAACAUACAACACGUAAAAUGCUUGGUUGGAAGGCAUGAUUGGUUCGGAUUAGGGAGUAGAAUCAUUAUAACAACAAGAGAUGAACAUUUGCUUCGAUCUUGCCAAGUUGAUGAUAUGUAUAUGCCUACAACAUUAAAUACCAAAGAUGCACUUCAACUUUUCAAUUUGAAAGCUUUCCAUAGUUAUACAAUGUUGAAAGAUGAUUUCAUUGAGCUUUCUGAACAUGUUGUAAAUUAUGCUGGUGGGCUUCCUUUAGCUAUUGAAGUUUUAGGUUCUUUUUUUUUUGAUGGACUAGAAGAAAGGGAGAAGAAUAUAUUUUUAGAUAUAGCAUGCUUCUUCAAUGGGGAGAAGAAAGAUUUUGUAAUCAAAGUAUUGGAUGGUUGUGAGUUUUUUCCAGAUAUUGGAAUUGAUGUUCUCAUUAAAAAAUCUCUCAUAAAAGUUGAUAAUCAAUAUUUGUGGAUGCAUGAGUUGUUGCAAGAAUUGGGAAGACAAAUUGUUAGAGAGAAAUGUGUUGGUGAACCUGGAAAACGUUGCAGAUUGUGGGAGGAAACGGACGUUCAUCAUAUCUUAACAAAAAACACUCCCUUGUAUAAGUUGAAAAUGAUGAACCUCAAAGGGUCCAAAAACCUAAUCGAGACACCAGACUUCACAACAGCAUCAAAUCUUGAAGUUUUGAUUUUGGAAGGUUGCACCAAAUUAGUGGAUGUUCAUCCAUCAAUCGGAGUGCUUAAGAGCCUUAAACUUUUGAAUUUAAGAGAUUGCAAAAGUCUUAGGAGUCUUCCGACUAAAAUUGGAAUGGAAUCUCUUGAAACAUUAAUUCUUUCAGGUUGCUCAAGUCUUGUAAGAUUUCCGGAGAUUGAUGGGAAAAUGGAACGUCUAAAAACUCUUGAUCUUUCCGGUUGUUGUAAAGUUGAAAAUUUAUCGGAGAAUUUGCAUCCAGAAAAGUUACGACCAAAUUUGUAUUCUCUUUUCAAGGUAAUCCUAGGAAGAAGAACGAAUCCCAUGCCUCGGAUGUUGCCUUUGUUGCUAGUUUUGAGUUCAUUAAGAGAGCUAAAUCUAAGGGAUUGCAAUCUUUGUGAAGGAGAUAUUCCACGUGAUAUUUCUGGUCUAUCCUCUUUGAUACAUCUUGAUCUUAGUGAUAACAAUUUCAUCAGAAUACCAGCAUCUCUUACUCGACUCUCAAAGCUCGAGUUCCUUCAAUUGUCAAAUUGCAACAUCUGCACUCUCGGUGAAGGAGAUAUUCCAAGUGAUAUUUCUGGUCUAUCCUCUUUGAGAUAUCUUCUUCUUAGAGGUAACAACUUCAUCAGCAUACCUGCAUCUAUUAUUCGACUUUCCAAGAUUUAUUCUAUUAGAUUUUCAGAUUGCAAGAUGCUUAAAUCAUUGCCUGAGCUACCAACAAGUAUAGAGGAUGUGUGGAUAGAUGGUUGUUCUUCACUUGAAGUAGUUGCAAGUCUAUCAAAAGUAUUCAAUUUAUUGGAUUCAGUUGGCACUAAAGCCAUUAACUGCUUCAAAUUGGCUGAGAAUAUGAAUGCAUUAACACUGCUGAAAAAACUUCUUAAGGUUGAUUAA